AUGAAGUCCAUCGACACAAUCUUCCAGGGUCUUUCAGGGAUGGGCAAAGAUUUGAAUAGACCCCAAGCCUUAGUCCACAAAACUCUUGCAGUCGCUACUCAACUGAGGCCACCAGAAUGUUUUGUAUUAAUUAAUCUGAGGGAGAACAUGUCAUUUUUGCAUACAAUUUCAGAAAAUCCAAAUGUGCAGUUUGGAGGAAAAGCGAAACCUCAGCUUUGUAAGGCUCUGCAGAAAGUUGCCAUAAUUAUUCCAUAUCGUAAUCGGGAACCCCAUCUUAAAACGUGGCUGCAUUACAUGCAUCCAUUUCUACAAAAGCAGCAGGGAGAAUAUGGAGUAUAUGUGGUGGAACAGAUAGAAAAAUCAACUUUCAACAGAGCUAAGCUGAUGAAUGUGGGCUUUGCAGAAGCUAGUAAAGAUUAUGACUAUGACUGCUUUAUCUUCAGUGAUGUUGACAUUAUUCCUAUGGAUGAGAGGAAUCUGUACCGAUGCUCUCAAAACCCCAGACAUAUGGCUAAUUCUUUAGACAAAUUCAAAUUCAGACUACGUUAUAAAACUGCAUUUGGAGGAGUAGUGGCCUUCACCAAAGAACAAUUCCUCAAAGUCAAUGGAUUUUCAAAUCUUUUCUGGGGAUGGGGAGGAGAAGAUGAUGAAUUAUACAACAGAGUGGUUGCUGCAGGAAUGAAGAUUGAGCGUCCAAACCCAAAUAUUUCCAGAUCUAAAGGAAUACUCCAUCGAAGGGAUCGUGGUAAUGAAAAGACUGGAAAAAGUUUCCACCUCAUUAAGAAGGCUGCUAAACGUAUGAAUGAAGAUGGAUUAAACACCCUGGAAUACGAAGUUGUCAGCCGCAUUGAACAUAGACUUUUUACAAAAAUCACAGUUAAUAUAGGAUCAUCACAAUAG